CCUCCCGUUCCCUUUUUCAUUCUUUAAAAAGUCAAAUUUAUUCAAAUUCCAUUUGUUAAUACUAAAACCGAAGAUUUUGCUCUAACCUUAGAAUAACGAAAAAAAAAAUCCCUCUUUCUCAUUGUCUUUCUCGCUCUUUAAUUACCUUCUCUCUCGUGCAUGAACCGGUGUAUAUUUAUAUUGAUUCACGUGCGUUUGUCAACUGGAUUUGUCGGUCAAUCUUUACUCGCACAAGGCAAAGCAAAUAAAAAGGAGUGUCAUAGAGGGAGGGGGUGGUGGGUUGUGUGUAUACAUUAAAGAAGAUUGGAUAGGGUUUUUUUUUUUUAACUCUCUUUUCAGGGUAUAUCUCUCUUCAUCAAAUCAAAAAAAAAAAAAAACAAACAAACAAGUUAUUCAAAGCCGUCUUUGCAGUUGGUUUGAUUUUGGGGGAUCUCUUUGCAAGAAAAGUCUGAUGGAGUUAGCUUUGAGCUUGGGUGAUCCCUCGAAGCCAUUUACUUUUCUUGAUAAAACCCCAAAGUUAUCAAGCAAGAAUCUAGGGUUUUGCAUGGGGCUCGGAUCACAAGAGAAAAGGGAUGGUUUUGAAGCUGAAAAUAGAGGAGAAGCUAGUAGAGAUGGUGAUGACAAAAGGGUUUCUUCAGAUCCACCUCUUCAGCUUGACCUUCUUCCUUUCUCUCCUGUUCAUCGUACCCAACCUUCUUCUCAGCUUCGCUUUCCUUGGCUCACCGAUAAUCAAACGGGUUCAUCGGAAAUACCGGGAAGAGGGUUAGAUGUGAACCGGUUACCGGUGGUAGCGGUGGCGGAUGAAGUUGAGGAAGGAGCGGCACUCUCGUCUCCCAACAGCGCGGUGUCAUCCUUUCAGAUGGAUUUUGGGAUUAGAAACGGAAGCAGUAGAGGCAAGAGAGAUCUGGAAGUUGAAACUGAAAGGGCUAGCUCAAGAGCCAGCGAUGAUGAUGAGAACGGUUCAACUCGGAAGAAACUCAGGCUAUCUAAAGAUCAAUCUGCUUUUCUUGAAGAAAGUUUCAAAGAACACAACACUCUCAAUCCUAAGCAAAAACUUGCCUUGGCCAAGCAAUUAAACCUUCGUCCUCGCCAAGUUGAAGUUUGGUUUCAGAAUAGAAGAGCAAGGACAAAAUUGAAGCAGACGGAGGUAGAUUGUGAGUAUUUAAAGAGAUGCUGCGAGACACUGACGGAAGAAAAUAGAAGGUUACAAAAAGAACUGCAAGAAUUAAGAGCCUUGAAAACUUCUCAACCAUUUUACAUGCAGCUACCUGCCACUACUCUCACUAUGUGUCCUUCAUGUGAGCGUGUCGCCACCACUUCCACCACCGCUGCUGCCACACCCAACACGUCGGCCGCCGCUGGCAGCAACACCGAUACCAAAACUGGAAUCUUACCACUGACCAAGACUAAAGGCUACCCUUUUUCUGCUCUGCAAACACAUGUGACCCAAAGCCAGCCCCAGCCCCAAGCCCACCAGGCUGCUUCAUGA